AUGCUGGUUGGGAUCUCGUGGUUGGAGCAGGAGGCCUCAGAAGGCAACAGGAGUGGUUCCAAUCCCAUGUGUUUUACGUAUGCUCCCAACAUCCCGGCGAUGCGGCAGGCCUCCCUCAAUCGCCUGCAGAGGUUUGCUCAGCGAGCGCGGCGGGACCGGCAAGGAGGACAGCUUCGGCACGGGCAUGGCGUUGCUGGUCGCGGACUUGCUGCUCUUCCUCUUCUCCGCUCUGCUGGUGCAGGCCCUCUUCACCGCCGUGUGCCUGCCCAGCGCUCGGCGUCCGAGGGCGUGUCGACGGGAUGGGGCGUGGCCCGCAGGCGCGGGCGCAGCCUGCCCGCUGGCGCUCUCUUCGCGCUCGCCGAGCGCGUGUGCAGUGCACGCCAGCCCUCCGCGGCCCCUUUGGCUUCAGGGGCGCGGUGGUGGCACGCUGGCGUCGAGGAUGUGGAGGCUACCGUUGUGGAGACGCACGGGGACAGCGGCUACGGCGGCUCGCUUAGCGUGGUCCUACCUGCUCCUCGGCCUGCGGCACAUGGGGCUCCUCAUCCUCCUCUUACUGGUUCUGGCACGGCGUGCAGCGCGGCUUGCACUUCCUCUCCUCCUGGCGGCGUGGACCCCAGUAUCGUCACGGCUUACCUGCUGGCCAACGACGCUGCCAUCCUCUGCGGGCGCAGCGAGGUUGCUACUGGUGGCUCGUGCGGCGAGCUGGGCAUGCAGGAGGAUGGCCGUCGUGACCAGGGCCUGGAUCGCUCUCCCAACCUGUCUUCGGCCUCUCCCCGCUUCGUCGGCGACGGCGGCAUCGGGAUGAAGAUCGGCGGGGACGGCGGGAGGGUCGACGGCGCUGACGGCGCUGGCAGCGUGGGCGGCGCUUUUGUCACGGAGGCGCCCGCGCGCGGGCCCGAGCGGUUCCUGGCGCUGCGCCGCCACGUCUUCGCGGGGACCGUGGCCCUCACGGUCGACCGCGACAUCCGAAGGCCGGGCUGGCAGUGCGACGGCGGCGAGGUCGACCCUCCGGUGCCCUCGGCCUCAGAGGCUGCCGCUGGUCGCCAGUGGCUCCACUCCCAGUUCGGCCCAGGGCCCCCGUGGCGGGCGUGGGCGAGCAAAGAGCGGCAGCGGCGCCAACCCACCUGA